AUGGGGCGCCGGCGCUCUGUGAUACCCUUCAUCACAGCUGCAGCUUUGCUGAAAUGCGGAACACUCGACUUCCUCUCAGUGUUUGGAAGCAGGCCCGUGCGCAAUGUUGCACCAGCCCUGGGCAUGGGCUGUAGCCUAUUCUCUUGGCCGGUCUUGGCGCAAGAAGAAGAGGGAGACCCGCUGGGCUUUGCGCUGACCUUGCUGGGUGUAGCUGUAGUGCUACUGGGCUUUGGCUUUGUCUACUGGGUUUUUACUUUAAGUCCAGCCAAAGAUGAAACUGGACGCGCAAAGGCCUCUUCACUGCAGGGCUUGGAGGAUAUCGAGAAAAAACUAGAGAUCAUGGAUAAGAUGACGCCCGAGGAGGCAGAUGAAUACCAGAUGCGACGUGGUGGUUUGCAAAAAGAGCGAAAAGAUGCAAAAGGGGAGCAGCAGGAGUUUGAGUACCAAGCCAUUCCUGGUUGUGACACUGUCUACACAGUGCUGAAGGAGGGUGCACCUGGCGCCACGGUGGAGCCUGGAGAUGAAGUCACUGUGCAUGCCACGGGGCUGGUGACAGCGACCAAGAGCAAGUUCUGGAGUACCAAGGAUGCUGGACAACAGCCUUUCACGUACAUCUGCGGUGGUGGUGUGAUCAAAGGAUGGGACAUGGGUGCUCGAGGCAUGAAGAAGGGCGAAGCCAGGGGCCUGCGGAUCCCCGCAGGAGAAGGCUACGGCGGUCGUGGCUUCCCAUCUUGGGGGAUUCCCCCGAAUGCGGAUUUGCUCUUUGAGAUUGAGGUUCUUGCGAUCAAGCGCAAUGGGCAGCAACUCUGA